UUCUAGUGACAGUAGUCAUCAGAACGAUUAAAACGAACGUACAGUGGACUGAGGACUGGUUAAUCAAUAUAGCAACAACAACAAAGGCAAUACCACCACCGCCACUAUCAUCAUCACCUUUAUAGACGGCUGUUACUACCUCCAGCGCGCACAUACAGCGAAACAACAACGCCACUCCAUCCAUAUCAGCUGAAAAGCCAAGCUGAGGCAAAAACACAAAAAAAAUUAAAUGGGCAAAGAAAAACGCCAAAGUACCAAGUACCCGAACCACAGCCGCAUUCAAUAGAAAUUAGUUGCGAUCACACCGUGUAUACGAGCGGUUGGGGUUUUCCUCGCCAGAUUCAUUCAGUUAUUCGUUCGUUCGUUGUUCUUUGUUUGAAAAUAUCUCGGGUGUAAAGGGGGCCAAAGUGUAGUGCAUGGGAACGGUGAAAACUUAAAUAUUGAACUGUAAACCAAAAAAGAAAAAAAUAAGUUCGAGAUACAAAAAACCACCACCAGCAACAAUACCAACGAAAGGCCCUUUGAUUUUGAAAAACAAGUAUCGGUGUUCUUCGUUGUGUUACGUUUCUUGUAUCUUCGUUUCGGAAAGAACACAAAGAAAACGCGUCGUAGUUUUUGUUCACCACAACAACAAACUCUUGGCAGUGGAGUUUGAAAAAUCCUAUACAAAAACAACAACAAAUGGGAAAAACAAGACGUAAUUUGUAAAAACAAAAGAUAAUCCGCCCCCAAAACUAAAAAAUAUUUAUUAAAAAAUCUGUGUUACUGUGAUUUGAUUUUGAAUGAAAUCAAAAUAGAAAAAGUUCUAAGAAAAAAAAUUGUAGCAAAAUGGUGGAAAGCGAUUUAUUAAAUAAAAAUCUUUUAAGUGACAGCCGACAGGGCAACAAGGCCCAAAUUGUGCCCGUCCAAACAAAAACGCUGCAACAUCUGCCCAAGCGGCCGGCCGUGGAUUUGGCUUUUCACAAUUUGACAUAUCGCGUCAAGGAAGGAAAUCGUAGCAAUGCCAAAACAAUUCUCAAGGGAGUUAGCGGACGCUUGCGUUCGGGUGAACUCACCGCCAUUAUGGGACCAUCUGGUGCUGGUAAAAGUACCCUGCUCAAUAUCUUAUCAGGAUACAAAGCCACCAACAUCGAGGGUAGUGUAACAAUGAAUGGUCAUGAGCGUAACAUCAGUGCCUUCCGUAAAUUAUCGGCCUACAUUAUGCAGGACAAUCAAUUGCACGGCAAUUUGACCGUCCAGGAGGCCAUGACUGUUGCUACCAAUCUGAAGUUGAGCAAAAAAUUCACCAAAGCCGAAAAACAAUCGAUGAUCGAUGAUAUUCUUUUGACCCUGAGCUUGAGCGAACAUCGUAACACAUUGACACGCAAUCUAUCGGGUGGUCAAAAGAAACGUCUCUCCAUUGCCUUGGAAUUGGUGAAUAAUCCCCCGAUUAUGUUCUUCGAUGAGCCCACAUCGGGUCUGGACAGUUCGACAUGUUUCCAAUGUAUUAAUUUGCUGAAAAUGUUGGCCGAGGGUGGUCGUACCAUUAUCUGUACCAUUCAUCAGCCUUCGGCUCGUCUUUUCGAAAUGUUCGAUCAACUGUACACGUUGUCAGAUGGUCAGUGUGUCUAUCAGGGUAGCACUAAGCAAUUGGUUCCCUUCUUGUCCACCUUGAAUUUGGAAUGUCCCAGUUAUCACAAUCCGGCCAGUUACAUCAUUGAAGUGGCAUGCGGUGAACAUGGUGACCAUACACGUCGUCUGGUCGAUGCCAUUGGCAAUGGUAGUAAAGAUAUUCGUUCGGCGGCCGAUUAUGCUGAACUAAAGGCCCGCAACGAUUUGAUGAAGAUGCAAAAUCUAAAGGCCAUUUUGGAUAAAAAUGAUGCUGCCAAUUCUACGGGUGGCAAAUUUGAGGAUAAUCUAAAGUUGAACAAUGGUAUUUUGAAAUCGAAUUUAGUCAAUGAUAUUGCCAAAGAAUCCAGCGGACCGGUUGUGAGCACCAAUGAAAAGGGCGAUGCCAUGAUUGAGCUGGAGAAAACAGAUAAUUGCACAACGGCUUUGUUGUCAUCGGAAAUCACAUCACCGGAACGUUAUCCCACAUCACAGUUCCAUCAGUUCUGGAUUGUCUUGAAGCGUACUCUGCUGUUCAGUUUCCGCGAUUGGACUCUCAUGUACUUGCGUUUGUUUGCCCAUUUAUUGGUCGGUUUCUUGAUCGGUGCCCUGUACUAUGACAUUGGUAAUGAUGGCGCCAAGGUCUUGAGUAAUUUGGGUUUCCUCUUCUUCAAUAUGUUGUUCUUGAUGUACACCUCCAUGACAAUUACGAUUUUAUCAUUCCCUCUCGAAAUGCCGGUAUUGCUAAAGGAAAACUUUAAUCGAUGGUACUCAUUGAAAUCGUACUAUUUGGCUAUAUCCGUGGCGGAUAUACCAUUCCAGGCUAUUUUCUGUACCAUCUAUGUGGCAAUUGUUUACUACUUCACCUCACAGCCAUGGGAGUUGGUGCGUUUUGCAAUGUUCUUGGGUGCCUGUCUGAUGAUCUCAUUUGUCGCCCAAUCGGUCGGUUUGGUUGUGGGCGCUGCCAUGAAUGUGCAAAAUGGUGUCUUCUUGGCCCCUGUCAUGUCGGUGCCAUUCUUGCUCUUCUCCGGCUUCUUUGUAUCGUUCGAUGCCAUCCCUGUCUACCUGAGAUGGAUCACCUAUUUGUCAUACAUCCGUUAUGGUUUCGAAGGUACUGCCUUGGCCACCUAUGGUUUCGGUCGUGAGAAAUUGAAGUGCUUCCAAACCUAUUGUCAUUUCAAAUCGCCCAUGACCACAUUGGAAGAAUUGGAUAUGGUUGAUGCUAGCUAUACUUUGGAUAUUGUUGCUCUGGUCGUGAUCUUUGUGGUGUUGAGACUGUCGGCAUAUCUCUUCUUGAAAUGGAAGUUGAAGACAGCACGCUAAGUGAAAGAGAGAGAGAGAGAGAUGAUGGUUGGAUGGAUGGAUGCGAUUUUAGAAGAAUUUAAACAUAUUUUUUACAUGAAAAAAAAAACAUAGUGGAAUAGAAAGGGGAUUAUUUCUUUUUUAUUUUGUAAAAUCAAACAAAAAUACAGAAAUCUUUUUUAUUUUGUUGUUACGACUAGUAUGUAAGAUAUCCAAAAGAAAUUGUCUUUUCAAAAGCCAAACGUGAUUAAACGUGAUCAACAUUUUUUUUAAAUUAAAUGAACAAAUUGUUUUUGCCGAACACAACAUUUUUUUAUUAAGUAAAGAGAAAAAAACUUCUAUUCUGUAGUCUGUAUUCAGAGAAUAACCAAAAAUUUACCAAAAUAUGCCUUAAAAGCUAACAGUCGGUGGCCGCGAAGAACAAAACAUUCCGCAAGCAGAAAUGUUUAGCAUGAACAAAAAAGAAACAAAAAGACUAUGCUCUCUCCAUAACAUAAUCAUAACCAACAUCAUCAUGACAAUUAUUUUUUUCUUCAUAUUCAAGUGGUCCCCAUUGGGAUUUCUUAGGCAAAACCUACCCUUUUUUUGGCCGUUUAGCUUUUUCUUGUAUUUUGAACAACGAUAAUAAUUUAUUCCUUUCUUCCCGUAGCUUAUAAGUCAUCUAAAUAUAUACAUGCGAUAUUUUUAUUGGUUAAAAGAAUUUUUAAUUUGUUUUAUAUAAGUUCUCUAAUUUUAUUUAUCUUUUUUUCUUUCUGUCGUCAUAUAGGGGAAACUUUUUUCGUUGGUAUCUUAAGCUUGAUGCUUGAGAUCAAAAUCAUUAAUCAAUACGAAUGUCGUUUAGUCCGACACAUCUACACACUAACACACCAAACGAAUUCCUCCCAUUUAUGUGUAUAUAAAUAUAUAAAAAAAAUUAUAUAUUGUAGUACUGUAAUAUGUGAAUAAAUUUAUAUACUUUUAUAAAUAAAUAUAUAUACCUAUUUUUGUGGAA